GCUGUCCCCGGCGCGGGGAUCCCCGCGGAGGUGCCGUGGGGUAACACUGACCUCCCCCACCCCACCCCGACCCACCCCCGCAGGGCUCCUGCUUCCAGUCUUCCCGGCGGGAGAAGUACGGGAACGUCUUCAAGACGCACUUGCUGGGGCGGCCGCUGGUGCGGGUGACGGGGGCGGAGAACGUGCGGAAGAUCUUGAUGGGGGAGCACCACCUGGUGAGCACCGAGUGGCCCCGGAGCACCCGCAUGCUGCUGGGACCCAACACCGUGGCCAACUCCAUCGGCGACAUCCACCGCCACAAGAGGAAGGUGUUCUCCAAAAUCUUCAGCCACGAGGCGCUGGAGAGUUACCUCCCCAAGAUCCAGCUGGUGAUCAAGGACACCCUGCGUGCCUGGAGCAGCAACCCCGAGUGCAUCAACGUGUACCACGAGGCGCAGAAGCUGACGUUCCGCAUGGCCAUCCGCGUCCUGCUGGGCUUCCGCAUCCCCGACGAGGAGCUCGGCCGCCUCUUCGAGGUCUACCAGCAGUUCGUGGAGAACGUCUUCUCCUUGCCCGUGGACCUGCCCUUCAGCGGCUACAGGAGGGGGAUCCGGGCACGGGAGACGCUGCAGAAGGGGCUGGAAAAAGCCAUCCAGGAGAAACUGCAGAACACGCAGGGCAAGGACUACGCUGAUGCCUUGGACAUCCUGAUAGAGAGCGGGAAAGAGCACGGCAAGGAGUUAACCAUGCAGGAGCUGAAGGAUGGCACCCUGGAGCUGAUCUUCGCCGCCUACGCCACCACGGCCAGCGCCAGCACCUCCCUGAUCAUGCAGCUCCUCAAACACCCCCGAGUGCUGGAGAAGCUGCGGGAGGAGCUGAGGAGCAAAGGGAUCCUCCACAACGGCUGCAUCUGCGAGGGCUCCCUGCGGCUGGACAACAUCAGCAGCCUCCACUACCUGGACUGUGUCAUCAAGGAGGUGCUUCGGCUCUUCACCCCCAUCUCCGGCGGGUACCGGACGGUGCUGCAGACCUUCGAGCUGGAUGGUUUCCAGAUCCCCAAAGGCUGGAGUGUGAUGUACAGCAUCCGGGACACCCACGACACCGCCCCGGUCUUCAAGGACGUGGACGUGUUCGACCCCGAGCGCUUCGAGCAGGGCCGGAGCGAAGACAAGGACGGCAGGUUCCACUACCUCCCCUUCGGAGGAGGAGUACGGACCUGUCUGGGGAAGCACCUGGCCAAGCUUUUCCUCAAGACCCUGGCCAUCGAGCUAGCCAGCACCAGCCGCUUCGAGCUCGCCACCAGGACUUUCCCCAAAAUCACCCUGGUGCCCGUGAUCCACCCGGUGGACGGACUCAAGGUCAAGUUCUUCGGACUGGAUUCCAACCAGAACGAGAUCCUGGCGGGGACGGACGCCAUGCUGGGGGCCACCGUGUAGAGCCCACGCCGGCGGCGCCAGG